GGCCGCCUCAAUCUAGAUCUAGAUCUCCUGCGUCUCCCGGCCCGGCCAUGCCACAUGCCUCGCGCCCUGCACCGCUCUCGUGUCCCGCAGCCGCCGGACAGCCUUUGAGAGCUGCAGACGCUCGCCGCCAUGGCUGCUGCCAUCCUGCCCUCCGCCGAUGAGGGCGACGCCGUCGGCCUCCUGCACGGCAACCACUCGCCCGCCCUCGACGUGGAGCAGCAGAACUCGCUGGCCGAGUUCGACUCCCUCACCAUCAUCGAGGUUCUCGACCAGGAUUCCCGCCCGACUUUUGUCAUCGACCUCGAUCCAGACGAGUCCAUCACCAUCGGCGCGUCCCGCAUCGCCCCCAUCUUUUGCAAUGCCGCUCUCCGCUCGCACGAGAAGCUGGCAGACACCAUCGUCGGCACCGAUGGCACUGCAGACCCAGCGCUCUAUGAGGAGUUCAGCGCCUGGGCCACUGGUGUCACCAAGUUCGACGACUCCAAGGAUGUCUUCCCCCUCUCUUUUCUCUUCAACGGCAUGCUCUGGACCGGCUCGACGGUGAGGCGGCGGUGGAGGCUCAUCAGUGGCAACCUCCUCAGCGCCACAGAAGACCGUCCCGUCACGCCUUUGCAGCCCUCAAAGGACAGUAUCAUCAAUCCCAAGCCGGCCGCAACCGAACCGGCGGCUCUGGUCUCUGUUUCCACCGCCACUAUAGAAAAGUCGGCUGAGCAAGUCAAGCAGUCUGCCGCCGGCACAGUUACGAGCUCAAGCGACACGGGCACAACCACUUCCUCGAAACGCCUCUUCCUCGCAUCUCCAGAAAAGGCUGUCGCCGACUGGACAUCAGACGUCACGACCGGCUACCUUACUCCUCACAUAGCCUUUGCCAGGAAUUUCGACUGGGGGGCCACUCCUCUUGGUCCGAUGAGCAGCUGGUCCGCCGAGUUCCGUCAGAUUGUCAAUCUGGUCAUGAACAAUCCGCAUCCUGCUUCCCUCUUCUGGGGACCAGAGCUCAACAUGCUGUAUAACGAGGCUUAUGCGAAUGAGGUUGCUGGCAAUAAGCAUCCCGGUCUCAUGGGCACCGGCUUCUCUGGGCCAUUCUCAGAACUCUGGGACGCGGUGAGCCCGCUCUUCGCCGAGUGUGCGCGAACAGGGAUUAGUAUCCGUAAGGAGGACGACUACCUCCCCAUUCACAGACAUGGCUUCCUGGAGGAGACGUUCUACUCUUGGUCGUGGACACCACUUUAUGGAGGCACAAGAAAGAUCUUGGGCUUCUACAACGCCCCCUUUGAGACAACCCAAGCCGUCCUCCACCAUCGGAGAACACAGACUGUCAGCAGAGUCGGGACGGCAGUGUCCAGAGCCAAGACACUGAAGCAGUUUUGGAAGCUGAUCCUGGAAAGUCUGGAGGAGAACCAUUUUGAUGUGCCGUUUGCACUACUAUACUCUGUUGGAGAUGGCUCUGAAGAGGACUUGUCCUCCGUGUCUUCUGGUAGCACCAUGUCGCGGAGGUCCUGUUUCUUUGAAGGCGCCAUCGGUAUCCCUGACGGCCACCCAGCGAUUCCCCGGCAGCUGGACCUCAAGCGUAGCAGCGAGGGGUUUGUCCCGGCUUUCCGUGACGCUAUGCGCACGCGAGAACCGACUAUACUUCACACGCGUGAUGGUACAUUACCAGAGCCGCUGCUAGACGGCAUCGAGUGGCGCGGGUUCGGCGAUCCAUGCAAUGAUGCCAUCAUAUUUCCCAUUCGUCCCACUAACGGAGAACUGGUCAUGGCGUUCCUCCUUGUCGGCAUCAACCCCCGGCGGCCAUACGAUGACGAGUACAGGGCCUUCACGAAUAUUCUCAACCGCCAGCUGGCGACAUCGCUGGCGUCAUUUAUGCUAUGGCAAGAGGAAGUCCGCCGCAGCAAAGAUGCCGCAGAGGCAGCAGCAUUGGAGCAGAAAGAGCUUGAGCAGCAGUUGGCAUUGCAGACCAGCCGAUUGCGGCGCAUGACCGAGCUCUCACCACAGGGCAUGUUCCUCCUCGACACAGAGGGUACUCUUCGUGAAGCCAACGACAGAUAUUUUGAGAUGACUGGCCAUCCACGAGAUCAGCUGCAUGAGAUGUCUUUUCUUGAGCAGAUUGACCCACGUAGCAUACCCGACAUGGAAGUCGGUUGGCGGAAGUUGACAGAGCAGCGGUUGCCAUGGUCAGGAGACCUCCUCAUGAAGAAAGUGCUCGUGCACCCGGUCGACGUCGAAGGUCAGGACAUAGACUACUGGGUAUUCCUGACGGCGAUCCCAGACUAUGCCCCGGACGGGUCUGUCCGCUCCGUCAUGGGAUCUCUGAUAGAUGUAUCAGAGGUCAAGUGGGCACAGAAUGUGCAGAACCGCAGACUACAAGAAGCGGAGGAGACCCGCAGACAGCAGAAUGAAUUCAUCGACAUCACCUCGCACGAGAUGCGCAACCCUCUUAGCGCGAUCCUGCAGUGUGCGGACGAUAUCCUGUCCACACUGCAGCAGCACCAGGCCGAGUCGAACCCGCCUUCAAUCGACGCCAUCCGCAGCUGUCUCGAGGCGGCGCACACAAUCUCAAUCUGUGUGCAACACCAAAAGUCUAUUGUCGAUGACAUCCUAACCGUGUCCAAGCUGGAUUCGAAUCUGCUGGUGAUCACACCCGUCCCUGCUCAGCCUGUGCAGGUUGUGAAGCGUGCCCUCAAGAUGUUCGAACCCGAGCUGCAGGCCAAGGAUAUCAAGAUGACAUGCGAGGUCCAAGACUCGUUUGAGGAGCUCAAGGUCAGCUGGCUCGUCUUCGACCCCAGCCGCAUCCUCCAGAUCCUUAUCAACCUGGUCACCAAUGCCAUCAAGUUCACGGCGGGCUCCCCCAAGCGGGCGAUUACUGUUUCCGUGGGCGUGACCCGCGAGGCUCCUCUCUUCAGCGCCAUACCCAACUUCUUGUACAUCCCGCCUAGAUCGCAGAAUUCGCAAGUUACCAAUGGCGACAACUGGGGCGAGGGCGAAGAGCUUUUCUUGCGCUUCAAGGUCCACGACACGGGCUGUGGGCUCACGCCGGAGGAGAUCAAGGUCCUUUUCCAACGCUUCUCACAAGCCUCUCCGCGCACCCAUGCAGUUUAUGGUGGCAGCGGCUUGGGACUCUUUAUUUCUCGACAACUUACAGAAUUACACGGAGGGCAGAUCGGUGUUGCGUCCGAGGCCCAGGCCGGCAGCGUGUUUGGUUUCUUUAUCCAGGCUCGGCGCACAUCGCCGCCAAGCGAUGGAGCAAGUUCUGGGCCGAUGGAUCUCGUACUUCCCAUCGAACGAGAGCUGGGCGGCGGCGACUCGCUCAAUCAGCCCGUGGCCCCUCUGCGCCAGGAUCUGGCAGGCUCAACACCAGGUGCCGACCUUGUCGCCUCUAGAGCAGGUGCGCCUUUUGACCCCAAGGAUCUCGAGGUUCUCGUGGUCGAGGACAAUCUGGUGAACCAGAACGUACUAGUGAAGCAGCUUCGCAAGCACAAGAUGGGAGUGAGCGUGGCCAAUGAUGGUCUCGAGGCACUUGCAUUCCUCGAAGGCACAAGCUUCCGCCUGGGGCCCGGCAACGGGCGCCGGCUCUCCGUCAUCCUGAUGGACCUCGAAAUGCCCAACAUGGAUGGCCUCACGUGCGUACGCGAGAUCCGCAAGAUGCAGGAAUCGGGAGCCAUACAGUCGCAUGUGCCGGUCAUUGCGGUCACGGCCAACGUGCGCGACGAGCAUAUUGCGACGGCGAAGCGCAGUGGCAUGGACGAUGUCGUCUCCAAGCCGUUUAGAAUACCGGACUUGCUGAAGAAGAUUGAGGUCCUGCUCGCGGAUCUGGCGACCAAGGAGCAGGUGGCCAGUACGACCACGGCAGCGGCAGCGGCAAUAGCUGCGGCCAGCUCGAACGUCGGAGUACAAACUGAGAAGACUAGCCAAGGGGAGGACAGUAGAGGCGAUCUCAGUCGGACGCAUACCGUAUGA